AUGGAUGGGAGAGUGGUGGCUGUGAAAAGGCUAUCGAAGAAAUCUGGACAAGGCUUGGAGGACUACUUUGUUUUUGAAGAUAUGGUGCUGGAACUACUUGAGGAUGUGUUAGAAGAACAAUACACACCUUCUGAAGUUAUACGAUGCGUACAAGUAGGCCUAUUAUGCGUGCAACAAAGACCACAAGAUAGGCCAGACAGGUAUGAUUCAUUCAACGUUUCACAUAUGCAAGGGAACAUAAAGUUGAAUUCCAUAGCGUAUGCGGUUUGCUGGGUUAGAUUUGGAUUGGAGGCAAAUAUCGUUGACUUACCUGUCUUCCUACAACAAAUGACUUUGUCAUGUCAUUGCUUCCCUAUUGUCACAAUGUUGUGUGUUUGGUUUUUAUUGUUCAUGUGCAUGUGGGGAACAUGCACAUCACUGGAUACUUUGAAACUGAAUCAAACCAUCCGAGAUUGCGAGAACGAGACUUUGGUUUCAGCUGGUGGAACUAUUGAACUGGGUUUCUUGAGCCUGGGAAAAUCAUCACGAAGAUACUUAGCUAUAUGGUAUAGAAAUGUAUCCCCUUCAACAGUGGUGUGGGUUGCUAAUCGAAAUACACCUCUUGAUAAUAAAUCAGGUGUUCUCAAGCUCAAUGACAAAGGAGUUCUCGUGCUAAUCAGUGGCGCACACAGCACUAUUUGGUCAUCCAACAUAUCAGGCAAAGCAGUGAAUGAUCCAAUUGCUCAGCUCUUGGAUUCGGGAAAUUUUGUAGUCAAAUUUGGACAAGGUACCAGCAAGGAGAGUAGUAUCUUGUGGCAGAGUUUUGAUGAAAUUGGUGAUACAAUUUUGCCUGGAAUGAAGCUUGGAUGGAACUUAGAAACUGGUGUAGAAAGAUAUAUAUCAUCUUGGAAAGGUGUUGACAAUCCCGCUGAGGGAGAAUAUAGUCUAAAAAUUGACAGUAGAGGUUAUCCUCAAGCAAUUAUAUUCGAGGGAUCAAAGAUAAAGUACAGACUUGGGCCAUGGAAUGGCGAGUCAUGGGCAGGGUAUCCUGUUAAAAUUCCUCAAAGUUCGGAAAUAUUUGUAUUCAAUAAAACAGACUUGUAUUAUGAGUUCAAGCUUCUUGGUAGUUCGGACUUGAUCAGCAUAGUUAAACUAACCCCAUCUGGCAUUGGAAACAGAAUUUUUUGGACAACUGAUACCACCAGCCAGAGAAGUCUCUUGCUUCAGGAGAGAGAUCAAUGCGAGAAUUAUGCAUUCUGUGGUGCAAAUUCUAUAUGCAAUUAUGAUGGUAACCAUCCAACUUGUGAAUGCGUGAGAGGUUAUGUUCCAAAGUCUCCUGAUCAGUGGAAUACAUCAAUUUGGCACAGCGGUUGUGUUCCAAGGAAUAAAUCUAAUUGCAAAACCAGUUAUACAGAUGGCUUCUUACCGUACUCACACAUGAAAUUGCCAGACACAUCUUCUUCGUGUCGUGAAGGAAGUGGCUGCCUACAUUGGUUCAAUACCCUAGUUGACUUGAGGAGUUUCUCUCAAUUGGGGCAAGACAUUUACAUCAGAGUCCCUGCCUCAGAAUUAGAUCACGGUAGCCAUGGAAACAUGAAGAAUAAGAUAGUAGGAAUCACUGGUACACUGCUAGAUGGGCAAGAGGUGGCAGUAAAACGGAACUCAAAGAUGUCUGAUCAAGGGCUGGACGAGUUUAAAAAUGAAGUUGUUUUGAUUGCAAAACUUCAACACCGUAAUCUUGUGAAACUUUUAGGUUGCUGCAUUCAAGGAGAGGAAAAAUUGUUGAUCUAUGAAUACAUGCCUAACAAGAGCUUAGACUACUUCAUCUUUGGUUAG